UGUCGACGUGAGUGGUCAUGAUCCCUGCACGAAGGGGAGGGGAAAUGCAGCUCCCCCCACCACAGACCCCGCUUGAGGUUCGCCACACUUGCUCAGCACUCCUUACAAAAAGGUCUGCCUCGUACAACAUGAGCAGUGAUGCUUUCAUUUGAUCUCUCACCGGAGGCAUCAUGGGUUCCCUUGGAGACGUUCACCGACGCCCGUACCGACCUACUCCGGCGGACAUCACCAUCAACAAUUGCCGUCCACAAGACCCCCACAAGAUCCUCUUUCAGAAUGUUCACAUUCUCGACUCCACCGGUGCAGAGCCAUAUACGGGCGAUGUGCUCAUCGAAGGCGAACGCAUCGUUGCGGUUGGCCAAGUGGAUCGCACCGCCGCCCAGGGCUCACUGAUUAUCGAUGGUGCAGGCACCAAGACCCUGAUGUCAGGACUAGCGGAUUCGCACACGCACCUGAGCUGGAAUAACGCAGCCACUUCAAAUGAACUCACUAGUCUUCCGCUUGAAGAACAUGUCUUGCAUACCGCAAACUCGGCCAGAACCUACCUGGAUUGCGGCUACACCAUGUGUUUUGGCGCCGCAGCGGCACAGCCCCGCCUCGAUAUCGCCGUCAAAGCUGCCAUCAAAUCCGGGUUGAUUUCUGGUCCACGGACCCUGGCAAAUUGCUCAGAGGUGACCAAGCCCGGUGGUGCGAUUGUUCCCAAGAUCUCGCGCUAUGCCGAUGGACCGGAGGAAAUGCGCAAAGUAGUCCGAGAAUUUGUCCAGCUUGGUGCGGAUAAUAUCAAGUUAAGCAUGACUGGAGACAACGUCCAUCCCACGAUGCCGAGCGAGGAAACAUACUUCAAUCUGGAAGAGACAGUAGCGGCGGUAGAGGAAGCACAUCUUCAUGGCAAACGGGUAUGCGCCCAUGCUCGUAGCGCUGCCUCGGUCACGCAGUGUGUGCGAGCUGGAGUCGACGUCAUUUAUCAUGCAAGCUUCACCGACGAAGAAGGAAUGAACCUCCUUGAGCAACACAAAGACUCGGUCUGGGUUGCUCCGGCCAUCAAUUACCUCUAUGCUAUGGCGCAGGGUGAGGCCGAGCCUUACGGAAUAUCGGCGAAUAUGUCUGAGCAGAAGGGUGUCACGCACGAAGUCGAGGUUGCUUCUCAGAACAUGCGCGAGAUGCGUCGACGAGGGAUUCGAGUCCUCCCUGGCGGGGAUUAUGGAUUUGCCUGGGCGCCCCAUGGCACCUAUGCGCGAGAUUUGAAACAUUUUGUGGAUUUGUUUGGGUAUACGCCGAUGGAAAGUGUUUUGGCCGCGACCGCCAUGUCAGGCGAGCUCAUGGGGUAUCCCAAUGAGCUUGGAAAAGUGCAACCGGGCUAUUAUGCGGACGUGAUUUUAGUGGAUGGCAAUCCGCUCGAAGACAUCAGCAUUUUGCAAGAUCGAGACAGGCUGCAUUCAGUUGUCAUCAAUGGUCACAUCCACAAGAACCUCAGUUUGGCAGAGGACAAGGUGUCUGCAUAAGGACGAGACAAGAAUCAUUGGGGUUUUCCUGUAGCGGUUGUAUGUAUUAUCAUUUAUCAUGAGGGCCGUUAGGCAAACAGCAAAAAAGACAUUCCAAGGCGCAGCUCGCCUGUAGAUGAAAA